CUCUCUCUCUCUCUCUCUCUUAGAUUGGAUCUCCAAGUAUAUAGAUACAAAAAAAUCUCUCUUAUACCCUAUAGAUCGGCCACACCAAAUGAGGAAUGAAGAGAUUGAGAGCUCCGAUGACAACGACUUACCAUCCUCCGCUCCACGAGUCGGUCGUAAAUACGGCCCCGUCGUUGCACACGACAAUGAUCCCGUCGUGCUUGAGAUGUCCUCUUUCGAUCACGGAUCUUCGUCUAAUUCUUUAAACAAAGUAAAAACAACUUUUCAGCCAAAUGCGGGUGCAGGUGCAAGAGAAGAGUCGAUUCCAAAUGAUCGAGGUGUCAAUGGUGAACACAAAGAAUCCAAAUUGGAACUAUUUGGUUUUGACUCUCUUGUUAACAUUCUUGGUCUCAAGAGUAUGACAGGAGAGCCGAUCCCUGUACCUACGAGUCCUAGAGGCCAUGAAGAUAGUUCUAUUGCUGCACAACAUCCAACGACUAGCAGUGUUGUCAAAUCCGGGACGUUGAUGGGAGUCUUUAUCCCAUGCUUGCAGAACAUAUUGGGUAUUAUCUACUACAUCAGAUUUUCCUGGAUUGUUGGCAUGGCUGGCAUAGGUGGGUCCCUAGCAGUAGUUGCGUUGUGUGGAUUGUGUACUUUCUUGACUGCAGUAUCAUUGAGUGCAAUUGCAACUAAUGGUGCAAUGAAGGGCGGGGGGCCUUACUAUCUCAUUGGUCGUGCUUUGGGCCCUGAAGUUGGAGUCAGCAUUGGACUAUGUUUCUUUCUAGGGAAUGCUGUUGCUGGAUCUAUGUAUGUCUUGGGAGCGGUGGAGACAUUUUUGAAUGCUGUGCCAAAGGCUGGACUUUUCAGAGAGACUAUCACAGAAGUAAAUGGCACAGCAAUAGCGGAACCUAUAACAAGUCCAAGUUUGCAUGACCUGCAAGUGUAUGGGAUUAUCGUUACUAUCAUUUUAGUCUUUAUAGUUUUUGGAGGUGUAAAAAUGAUCAACAAGGUUGCACCAGCCUUUCUUAUACCUGUUCUAUUUUCGCUGCUCUGCAUAUUCAUUGGGAUAUUUGUGGCAGGGAAAGAUCGUCCAGCAGUUGGAGUUACUGGCUUGAGUUUGAGAUCUUUCAAGGACAAUUGGAGUUCUGAUUAUCAAACAACAAACAAUGCUGGGAUACCUGAUCCCAAUGGAGAGAUAUACUGGCAUUUUAAUGCAUUAGUAGGUAUUUUCUUCCCUGCUGUAACGGGAAUUAUGGCUGGUUCAAAUCGCUCUGCUUCGUUGAAAGACACUCAGCGCUCUAUUCCUAUUGGGACAUUGGCCGCAACACUAACAACUACUGCCUUGUACUUCAUUUCUGCGUUCCUUUUAGGAUCUGUAGCUACAAGGGAGAAGCUUUUUACAGACAGAUUACUGACUGCGACCAUUGCAUGGCCGUCGUCAGCAAUCAUAUACAUAGGAAUCAUUCUUUCAACUUUGGGUGCUGCUCUACAGAGUCUGACUGGUGCCCCGCGUCUGCUUGCAGCGAUAGCCAAUGAUGACAUUCUACCUGUUCUUAACUACUUCAAGGUUGCAGAUGGCAGUGAACCCCAUAUUGCAACCUUCUUCACGGCAUUCCUCUGUAUUGCGUGUGUCCUAAUUGGGAAUCUUGAUCUCAUCUCCCCAACCAUAACCAUGUUUUAUCUGCUGUGUUAUGCGGGUGUGAACUUAUCCUGCUUUCUUCUGGAUCUCUUAGAUGCUCCUAGCUGGCGUCCUCGGUGGAAAUUUCAUCAUUGGAGCCUCUCUCUUCUUGGAGCAUCUCUUUGUAUUGUAAUCAUGUUUUUGAUUUCUUGGUCAUUCACUGUGGUGUCCCUUGCUCUUGCUAGCCUCAUAUACUAUUAUGUGAGCAUCAAGGGAAAAGCCGGGGACUGGGGAGAUGGUUUCAAGAGUGCAUAUUUUCAACUUGCUCUUCGCAGUCUUCGAUCUUUGGGAGCUAGCAAUGUUCAUCCAAAGAACUGGUAUCCGAUCCCCCUCAUUUUCUGCCGGCCAUGGGGCAAGUUACCAGAGAACGUACCCUGUCAUCCAAAACUUGCUGAUUUUGCGAAUUGCAUGAAGAAAAAGGGCAGGGGUAUGUCCAUAUUUGUGGACAUCCUAGAUGGAGACUACCAUGAUUGUGCAGAGGAUGCCAAAAUUGCUUGCAAGAAUCUUGCUACGUACAUCGAGUACAAGCGCUGUGAAGGGGUGGCUGAGAUAGUAGUGGCCCCAACCAUGUCUGAUGGUUUCCGAGGUAUUGUCCAAACAAUGGGACUUGGUAAUCUGAAGCCCAAUAUUGUGGUGUUGCGUUACCCUGAGAUAUGGCGGCGUGAAAACUUGACAGAAAUCCCAGCCACUUUUGUGGGGAUAAUCAAUGACUGUAUUGUUGCUAACAAAGCAGUUGUUAUUGUGAAGGGGCUGGAUGAAUGGCCGAAUGAGUAUCAGAGACAGUAUGGGACCAUUGACUUGUACUGGAUUGUUAGAGAUGGUGGUCUGAUGCUGCUUCUAUCUCAGCUCCUGCUUACAAAGGAGAUGUUUGAAAGCUGUAAGAUUCAGGUGUUCUGUAUUGCAGAGGAGGAUUCUGAUGCAGAGGAGCUAAAGGCUGAUGUAAGGAAAUUCCUUUAUGAUCUUCGGAUGCAAGCGGAAGUGAUUGUGAUUUCGAUGAAGUCGUGGGAUGACAAGGACACGCAAGAUGACUCUGUGGAGGCGUUCACUGCAGCUCAAGGGCGGAUCAAGAAUUACUUGUCGGAAAUGAAGGAGAGAGGGGAAAGGGAGGGGAAACCGCUAAUGGCAGAUGGAAAGAAUGUGGUGGUGAAUGAACAACAAGUGGACAAAUUCCUGUAUACAACUCUUAAGUUGAACUCGACGAUUAUGAAGUAUUCAAGGAUGGCAGCGGUGGUGCUGGUGAGCCUCCCACCUCCGCCGGUGAACCAUCCAUCGUAUUUUUACAUGGAAUAUAUGGACUUAUUGGUGGAGAACAUUCCAAGGCUGCUAAUGGUUAGAGGUUAUCGGAAAGAUGUUGUGACGCUGUUCACGUAGUUUUUGUUUGUAGUUUUUGUUUCUUACCCUUGGGCCUGGCUAUAUAGAGAGAGUGAGUUAAUUAAUGGCUUUUGUAGAUUGAUUCAUUCUUUAUGCAAUUUUGUGGUGUCAAACUUAAAAUGUGGUUAGGUUUCUUGUAUAUGGAUGGAUUUUACAUAUAAUAUCCAAAUAAUGGUCGUUGCAUUA